CGUUUCAAGGAACGACCGGGGUGAAGGCUUGACGACAUCACUGCUGCAGCCUAGACAUUGAGAAGCCCAAUCGAUUGAAACGCUGCUCUUUUUGGCGCGAGGUCAUCUUCGGAAUUUCUUCAAGUGGCCUACAGUACAGUGUGGUGAGUUACCUGCCCAUUCCUAGCAAUGCCACCUCCUUGCUCUCUCCUGUGCCGCCUGGCCACGCUUCUCUGUGUGUGGGCACUUUGCCAGGCCCAGUUGGAUACCAAACUACCCCCUGGCACCCCCAUCAUCCAGCUGCGUCUGGCAGGGGACAAACACAAGCACUACGAGGGCCGGGUUGAAGUCUACUAUAAUGGAGAGUGGGGCACGGUGUGCGACGAUGACUUCUCCAUCCAUGCAGCCAACGUCGUGUGCAGGGAGCUGGGCUAUGUGGAGGCUGUAUCCUGGUCUCCUUCUUCCAAGUAUGGCAAGGGAGAAGGUAGGAUCUGGUUGGACAACGUCCACUGUUCGGGACUAGAGAGAACCCUGGCCCAGUGUGAGUCCAAUGGCUUCGGAGUUUCCGACUGCAAACACUCUGAGGACGUGGGAGUGGUGUGUAGCCAGAGACGAAUUGCCGGCUUCAAAUUCAUCAGUACCCUCACCAACAAUGUGGAAAGUCUGAAUGUCCAGGUGGAAGAUGUGCGCAUCCGGGCCAUCUCCUCCCAGCGUAAAAGGGUUCCCAUGACGGAGGGCUACCUGGAGGUGAAGGACGGGGGGAAGUGGAGACAGAUCUGUGACUUGGAGUGGACUGAGAUGAACAGCCGGGUCAUCUGUGGGAUGUACGGCUUCCCUGGAGAGAAAAGAUACAACACUAAAGUCUACAAGCUGCUGUCCAAGCGCAGGAAGAAGAACUACUGGGGCUUCGGAGUGAACUGCACAGGGAACGAGGCCAGCCUGCAUGGCUGUAAGCUGGGCCACAAGGUGGAGCUGAAGGGGAAUGCCACCUGUGAGAAGGGCUUGCCCGUGGUGGUCAACUGUGUUCCAGGACGGGCCUUUGCUCCCAGCCACGCCCAGGGCUUCAGCAAGGCCUACAGGGUGGAGCAACCCCUGGUGCGCCUGAGAGGCGGGGCCAACAUAGGGGAAGGGCGAGUGGAAGUGCUGAAAAAUGGUGAAUGGGGCACCGUCUGCGAUGACAGCUGGAACCUAGAGGCAGCCACCGUGGUGUGUCGAGAACUGGGCUUCGGUAGUGCCAAGGAGGCCCUCGCUGGAGGCAAACUGGGACAAGGAAUGGGCCCGGUCCAUAUGAAUGAGGUGAAGUGUUCUGGCUUUGAGAAAUCCCUCACUGAGUGUUACUUCAAUAGAGAUGCCCUGGGCUGCAGUCACGAGGAGGACGCUGCAGUUCGAUGUAAUGUUCCUGCCAUGGGCUUCCAGAACAGACUGCGUCUGAGCGGUGGGCGGAACCCAUUUGAAGGGCGUGUGGAAGUGCUGGCGGAGAAGAACGGCUCGUUGGUGUGGGGUACGGUGUGCAGUGACAGCUGGGGUACCAUAGAGGCUACAGUCGUGUGCAGACAGCUGGGUCUCGGUUUUGCCAACAACGCCUUCCAGGAGACGUGGUACUGGCCAGGAGACGUGAGUGCUGAUGACGUGGUGAUGAGCGGGGUCAGGUGCUCGGGGACAGAGAUGACUCUGGCCCAGUGCCUCCAUCAUGGGAAACACCUCGACUGCCCCCGAGGGGGAGGACGCUUCGCUGCUGGAGUCUCCUGCUCUGAGACGGCCCCAGACUUGGUUCUAAACGCCCAGGUGGUGGAACACACCACGUACCUGGAGGACCGGCCCAUGUACAUACUGCAGUGUGCCAACGAGGAGCACUGUCUGUCCAGCAGCGCCGCCGCCGCCACAUCGUCCUCCUACCGCCGCCUGCUGCGCUUCUCCUCCCAGAUACACAACAACGGACUGACAGACUUUCGCCCCAGGGCCGCACACAACUCCUGGAUCUGGCACGAGUGCCACAGGCACUACCACAGCAUGGAGGUGUUCACCCACUAUGACCUACUGAGCCUCAACGGCACCAAGGUGGCAGAGGGACACAAGGCCAGCUUCUGUCUGGAGGACACCCAAUGUGAAGAGGGUAUUGAGAAGAGGUACGAGUGUGCUAACUUCGGGCAGCAGGGCAUCACUGUUGGGUGCUGGGAUACGUACAGACACGACAUCGACUGUCAGUGGAUAGACGUGACAGACGUCGUGCCAGGAGACUACAUCUUCCAGGUUGUGAUCAACCCAAACUUUGAGGUAGCAGAGUCCGACUACACCAACAACGUUAUGAAGUGCAGGUGUCGAUACGACGGCCACAGGAUAUGGAUGUACAACUGUUAUAUAGGUGGCUCAGUGAGCUCCGAGUCAGAGGAAUCCUCUUUCAGUGGCCUCAUGAAUAACCAGCUGGGACACAGGUAGUGUGGACGGACUCAAUGGAAAGACCAGGAGGAACAUUUUAUUUUGCGAAACUGAUGAAUGACCAGCAAGACUGUUGUGAAAUUACCAACUGCUAGAGGGAGCGCUGUGCCGUCUGUUCCCUCCCUAACGGUGCUGGAUGAAAAUUGAAAGGCAAAGCUCACCUCAGUGCCAAUGUUUUAUAUAAGGAUGUUGCAGACGAAAAAAACCUGUUUUAAAGAUCCAGCUUGAAGAAGCAACUCUGUCUUUACUGUUCUCACAAAUUUCUGUCACAUGUACAGCAGAGUGCUGGUGCUAUCAAAUCAGAGCUAUUUAGUUACCUGUACCCAACCUUUGUGGUCCACCGUAAGGAAAGAAAGUGAUAUUUUUCGACACCUGCUGCACUUUGAGACCGUUUCCUGUAAUGUUUAUUUAAUAUUUUUAGGACAGUGUGUUGAGCAGGCAAUUAACUAUGCACCUAUGAACACCAGCGUAACGCUGUUUCUCUGGACCCCACCCCCCCCCCCACCACAAUGAGAUUGACCCUUUUUUCUGUUGAAUCCCGUAAGAACUGUUGUCUGCUAAAGAUGAUAACCUAUUUGCAUCUGUCAAUGUAUUGCCGGUCCAGUAUGCAGACACCCUGUCCCCAGAGUAGUGCUGAGCGAUUAACUGAAAUGUGUUCUUUUUUCGGUUUUUAAACAACAACAACUGACAUUGAAUCAAUUAUUUGUAUUUCAUUUAGUUCCGUUAUUUUUCCUGUAAGCUCAAUGCACACAGUUUCUCUAAAGAUAAAUCAGAUCCGUUCUGUGUUUCUGUUAUGACUGCUACACAAGAGAGAAGAAUGCGUCAUCAUUAAGGGAUAUAGAGAGCAGCUGUUGUUCCGUGAGGUAAACACAUGAUCUAAGUGGUUGAUAGUUGGUAUUCAACCGUCAUAAAAGUGUGCCUCAUUUCAUUUGAAGAACUGCAAAAUAGUGAUGUCUUUUCAGACAGCAUUAGGCAGCAGCUCUUUAGAGAUGAGAUGACUUGGAAUUAAAUAAUAUAUUCAUAAAAAUAAAAAAUAAAUGUCAUAUACACCACAACUGAAAUAUUUUAUUAAAGUAAUGUGAAUAAAUAAUGGUUAGUAAUUGAUAAGCAGUAAUGGGCAGUCUACCAUCAUGGGACUUUUAUUCAUUGUUUUAUUCUGUGUAACAGAAUUCAACCCACAAUGCAUAUUGCAUUGAAUGUUUUUAAAAAUGAGCAAAACUGUGAUUAUUUUUAAAAUAAUUUAACCGAAACCGAACAGACCUCCAAAAUCACUAAUCGCUCAGCACUAUCCCAGAGCUUCCUAUACAGUUAGUCUCUUUCCUUAAAGUGUUGAGGCCGGCAAUUAAGGAGAAUGAGAGGCUCAAUUAAAGAUGUGCUUCAAAUACAGCAGUUCUGUAACAUCUGCCUUCUGCCCAGUUUCCCCUGAUGUCGCCACGACACAAUCAAGAUCUCUUUUUACCAUCCCUGUAACUGUCGCUUCUGCGGAGAUUAUUUUCUAAACUAAAACUCAUAGAACUACCUACGAAGCAUUAGACUUGUUGGAAGGUUACUGUCAAAACUAUUUAUUCAAUAAAUAAAUAAAUAAAUAGACAUGGAUGACAGACACAUGGACCACCAGUGCCUAUGAAGUGGGGGUGGGGAAAGUAGAGGAAUAGUCUUACAUCCACGGAUAAUAUUAUUUGCAAGUCUGUGGCGUGAUAAUGUGGUUAGAAGCCAUUGUGAAUAUAAAAUAAGGUAGAACUGAUUGUUUUCUUGCUGUACGGUAAUCACUAAGGAUAUGGCAAUAUUAUUACAACCAUACAGCUACCACUAAGGAGAAACUUUCCCCCCCUCUCAUCAAACCUGCAUUUUUACGUCUCUAAAGAGGCAAUGAGCAUUUAAGGCAGAAUCCCCAAGUUAAAAUGUACUCAAACUUUUGUCCAAAUUGGCGACAAACAGCAUGAUUUAGGUGAAAGGGAGUUAGUUAUUCAUGUAAUUUGUGUUGGGAUUCUGCCUCAAGUUAACAGUGUAUCUUGCUUCACCUAAUAUCAACUCUGGCAAUAUAUUUAAUACCUUUCAUCUUAGGAUUCUAAGAUACAUAUACAUUUUAGUCUUAUCACCAUAUUCUGCUCAGCUUAGUUCAUUUUUCAAACAUCCAUUAAAUUAAAUUAUUACCGUCAGGGACUCUUAUGUUUGUUUUCUCGAUUGUACAAGUCACAAAUGACAUGUGAAAAUGCAUCUUUGCAUUCUAUUUUUGUGACACUGCAACUACAGGGCCCUUUAUUUUACAAGGGUGCUCUUUACUAGAUGGGUGAUUAUCCUAUACUGUAUACACAGUUGAAUGUUUUAAAGCAUUUUGUGCUUGCUUCAUAUUGUCUCUAAUAAAAAUAAACAAGCAAACCAUGA